AUGCCGGGAAUAUUUGAAAUAAUUUGCAUCGUUACUUCGCUCGUUGUAAUUUUUCAUUAUUACAUGAGUAGAACGUUCAAUUUUUGGAAAAAUCUUGGAGUCGAAGGGCCUCGACCACUUCCUUUAUUCGGCAAUGUCAUUGAUAUUAUGCUUCGUAAAAAAAUUAUGGCCGAAUAUCUCAUAGAACUUUGCAAAACAUAUGAAGAUAAGCCAUACUUUGGAAUAUACAUUCGAAGUACACCGAUACUCGUUCUAAAAGACCCACAAUUAAUAAAGAGCGUCUUGAUAAAAGACUUUUCUUGUUUCCCCCAACGAAAUCUAUCCGUGACUGAAAAGGUUGAACCACUGUCCCAACAUUUAUUCCAUCUAGAAGCAGACAAAUGGAAACCAUUGAGAAAUAAACUAACACCUGCAUUUUCUUCCGGUAAAUUAAAGGAAAUGUUCCCAUUGGUAAAAGAAUGCGCAAAACAUUUAGAACAGUAUUUGGACAAUAUGCCUGACAACAAUAUUGUCGAGAUUUACGAAUUAAUGGGUAGAUUUACUACUGAUGUGAUCGGUAAUUGUGCAUUCGGCAUAGAAAUGAAUGCACUUGCUGACGAUAACAGUGAAUUUCGUAGAAUGGGUAGAGAAAUGUUUCGAUCUGGUUUGAAAAGAGAUUUGAGAGAAGGCUUGCGUACGAGUUUUCCUAAAUUAUACAAUCAGCUGAGCUUCCUCUUCGAUUAUUCCCAUCUUACUAAAUUUUUUUUAAAUAUCGUUAAGGAAACUAUGGAAUAUAGAAAAAAACAUCAAUAUAUCAGACACGAUUUCAUAAAUAUACUUAUGGAAUUAAGAGAACAACCGCACAAACUUGGAGAAGAAGUUGAAUUAACAGAUUCGUUAUGUGCCGCGCAAGCGUAUUUAUUUUUCGGUGCUGGUUUCGAAUCGUCUGCUUGGACAAUGAGCAAUGUUCUUUACGAGUUAGCUCAAAAUAAAGACAUACAGGACAGAGUUCGUCAAGAGAUUGACGAAGUAUUUGAGGAAAAUGAAGGUACAAUUUUGUACGAGUCGGUAAACAAGAUGAAAUAUUUACACGCUGUUUUUCAAGAAACACUGAGGAAACAUUCACCGGUAUGGGGUUUAUUUAGAAAAUGUGUAGUACCAUCUUACACGUUCCCUGACACUGAUCUUACAAUACCAAAAAAUCAGAAAAUUGUUAUACCAAUUUAUGGAAUGCAUCACAAUCCGAACAUUUAUCCAAAACCUCUAGUUUUCGAUCCCGAAAGAUUUUUGGAUGAAAAUAAUUCUGCAAUUAACGAUUCAACGUAUUUCCCAUUUGGAAGAGGACCUCGCAGUUGUAUUGGUGAAAGAUUUGCGAUGAUUCAAUCGAAAGUGGGAUUAGCAUCAUUUUUAAGAAAUCACCAAGUUGAUGUUUGUGAUAAAACCGAAAUUCCAUAUCCGAUAAGACAAUCGGCGUUUUUGGUGCAUCCAAAAAGAGGAAUAUAUAUAAAAGUUAGUAAAAUAAAGUGA